ACAAACAAAAACCUUCAAGUAGCUAAAAACUGUAUUGAAAUGUUAAAAUAUGAAAGGGAGUUGGCACAGAGGACCACAGGGAAAGAUGAACAUGACGUGUAAGGACAAAUAUAUUAAUACUUCUCUUUUUUUUUUUUUUUUACAUAUUUACAGGUCAAAUACUAGAUCGUAAAUACUAUGAAUUCAUGCUGCAGACAUGCUGACUAUCAUUCCAAGAUCCAUUUUUAAGUAUUAAUGAUUUAUAAAAUGUGACACUAGGUUACUUCUCUAUAGUUAAAAAAAAUUGCAAACAGGAAUGUGUGUGUGUGUGUGUGUGUGUGUGUGCCCGCUUCAUACUCAUCCACUCCCUACUUGUGCCUGAGAGUGUAUUCAUUGAGUAAAGACAGCGUGUGCUCUUAAAUGUGUGUGUGUGUAUUUAGACGGCAGUGUGAAGUGGUGUACCACUAUGUGAGGAGAGAGAAGUAUGCUCUUAACAUGAGGAGAUGGAGCAGGAUGACGUGGCCUCUCUCUGGAGCUCCUCCACGUUCUUCACGAAAAAACAAUAACUCUCUCAAAUUCUGAUGGAGUGGCAUCUACAUAAGAAUCAACAAAGCACACAAACAUCAGUUCCGUUUUGGGACACCGAUUUUCUAAAUCAUUACAUUCGCUUUCUAUUUAUUUAUGUAUCAUUAUUAAAAGAUCAAUCAUCAAGCCGGUGUAACCUUAAUCUUUAUCGCUAGCUGCUCCUGAAGUGUUUUGGAAAUCAUUUCAGCCACGUCAUGUUCAUUCACCGUCCACUUUAUUAGGAUCACCUGUACGUUCAUGUAGUUUUCUAACCAGCCAAUCAUGAAAUAUACAGGAAUAUAGAGGAAUCACAAGAAAACUCCAUUUCAACACAUUUAAAAAAAAAAUCUCACAAUGUUGGAUUUGAGUUUGUAAUGCAGUGAGCACAACCAAGGAGUGCAUUUUAAAAAGAAAACUAUUUAUUUCUUACAAAAGUAUUGGAACAUCAAGGCCAAUUCUAUUGCUUUUGCUAUACAGUGACAUUUGGGUUUGAGAUAAAAGACGAAUAUGAGACGAUAGAUCAGAAUUUCAGCUUUCAUUUCCUCAUGUUUACAUCUAGACGUUGUCGCGACGGGCAGAGAGCCGGCGCACACAAGAAGGAAAUCGCUCCUUCUCCAACUGCCGCACCGGCACGACGUGGGCAGCUUCGUGCCGAACAUUCCGCCAGCCGGAAGGACCGCCGCGGCGGGGCGGGACUGACGCGACACCGGCCAGCGAUUGGCGGACCCAACGGAGAAACUCCAUCACUCAGGCGACGGCGGAGGAGGAUAAAAGGGCGCGCUUCCGGCCGUACAGGAGAAGAGAAUACCGUAGUGACAAGACGGACUCCGUGCAAGCGCGGACGAGAUCGCCGGGUGGUGAGAGUCCCACCUACGGAGGACGCCGGCCCGGGAAAACCCUCGCCCCCGUCUCGGGAAUCCCGCCUCGGGAAUCCCGCCUCCGCCACGAGUAGGCUACACCGGCAGGCACGCCUCCACAAGCCCCGCACUCAUCCCCUCACAACCCACUCACUUCACCCUUGCACCAAUAAACCACCGUUUGUGAACGUUCUUCUGCCUCCUGUGGCUGGAAUCAGAAUCUUGCUGUUACAGAAAUGUCGCCAACGCCUUCUGACCAAUCAGAUUGGAGAAUUCAACAGUGUUGUGGUGUAAAGCAUCAAUAGCUGACCUGUCUCAUCAUCUACCACACACAGUCGAUGAACUGCACAAAGAGAGGGGAUCGUUCCGAGUUGGCGUGAUUCUCAUCUCCAAGGCCGACACGCUGAGAAACACAGAGAGAGAGAAAGAUGGAGUUAAAUAUACAUGCGUUCACACGCCCACACACAACCACGCCCUUACUGCUCAUACGCACCGAGGCCAGCUUGUGUCCGAAGCUGAUCCACUCCGUCUCGAUCAGUACUUUGAAGCCCCUGAGUGUGCGGUAGUGCGAGUCCAGCAUCAGCACGGCCAGAGAGGUGAGCUGAGCCGUACGGUCCCAGCCGUCACUGCAGUGCACCACCAUCGAGCUCUUACUACAUUCAACCUUAUCUGCUAUACUAUUAACUGCUAUACGCACUGCACCUGCUAAUAACAGCUACACACACACACACACACACACACACAGUCAGGUCAAACAACCAUCACUUCACUGACUGAGUAAAACACAACACACAAGGGUUCACAAACAAGGUAUCACAAAUAGUUGUCUAGAACAUGUAGACAUUAAUGAAUUAAAUAAGUACUUAACAAUUAAAAUGUAAUAAUUAUUCGCAAUGUAUGUUCAGGGCAUAAUAUCUAACUACAAAACAAAACAGAUGCUCUGUGUUCUUAUGUUCUUCUGUUUCCUGUUUUGUGAAAUGUCUUCGAUUAGGAGAGGAGCUGUUUAAAUAAGGCUAGACAGUGCUGCUCUCUACAUGCAUACCUGUUCAAACAAUUACUGAGUAAUAAGUAUAUCAAUUCUUAGUUAUGCAGUUAUCCAAUCAGCCAAUCAUGUGACAGCAGCACAAUGCAUACAAUGCUCACAUCAAACAUCAGAAUGGGGGGAAAUGUGAUCUCUGUGGUUUGGUUUGAUGUGUUGUGCAUGCUGAGUUGCUUUUCUGCUAACCACGGUUAUAAAGAGUGAUUAUAUGAGUUACUACAGUAUAUCCUUCCUGGCAGCUCUGACCAAUCUGGUCACUUUCCUCUGAUCUCUCUUAUCAACAAGAUGUUUCCACCCACAGAACUGUCUCUCACUCAGUGUUUUUAUGGGUUUUUUUCUGACACCAUUCUGUGUAAAAUUCUAGAGACUAUUGUGUGAAAUUCCCAGCAGUUUCUGAAAUACUUGAACCAGCCCAUCUGGCUCCAACAACUAUGCUAUGGUUAAAGUCACUGAGAUCACAUUCCUUCCCCAUUCUGAUGUUUGAUGUGAACAUUAACUGAAACUCUUGACGUGUAUUUGCAUGAUUUUAUGCAUUGUGCUGCUGCCACAUGAUUAGUUGAUAACUGUAUAAAUGAGCAGGUGUUCCUAUUUAAGUGCACAGUGAGUGGAUGUUGUGACUUUUAUGUGUUUUGUAACUGAUUUUUAUAUUAAAUUAUGGUGAAUGAUCUGUAUUUUACACUUUAUUACCCCAUACAGUAGCAAAACAGAUUCUAUAAGGCUAAUUUCUUAUGAGGUUCGUAUAUAUAUAUAAAUAAAAAUGUGUGUGUGUAUAUGUUUACCCUGAUAUACUCCAGCCAGUGCGUGGCAUCUAUGGCAGAGUGCCAAUGAAGUUCUUCUAUGGUGGAGUAGACCACCUCCUUCAGCUUGCGCAGAGACUCCCGCAUCACAUGGAUGUUGGGAAUCUCCAGGAAAUUCAGUUCCGCACUGGGAUAGAAAAUUUCGCUCUCAUAGCCACCAUCUUUAGCCUGGAGGGGAAAAGAGAGGAGAGAAGAGAAUGUGAUGCUCGAAUAAACUCACCACUACAACAUGUCACAUUAUUAUACAUAAAUCCCGUGCUAACUCUAUACAUGCACAAACCCCAAAACAGCUGAUAUUUGUUAAUCCCUAAUUAUUUUAUUGCGGGGUUUGUUGGGCUACUCAUUGGUGGUAUGAGGCUUGAAUCAACUGAGAUAAUGACAUCAAUGCAUCAUAACCUCAUGUUAUCAUUGUAGCCCUUCUUACAGAUACAGUCACAUGUUUUCAGUAUGUCUUUCUUACACUGCAGUGGAUAAGGUGCCACUUUCUGUUUUUCAGAUGGACGUUCAGACAUCUGCGAGUCAU